AUGAACAACGCAUCGACCAACAACACAGGAAGCAUCACUCAACCAAGUGUAACACUCGUUCUGUACUUCGCAACGUUCUUCAUCGGUCUUGCGGGGAAUCUUCUAGUCGUGGUGAUCAUCGUCACUCGAAAAACCAGGAAACGCAUGAAUGAUAUAUUUGUCCUUAAUCUCAGCGUAUCUGACCUGUGUCUCAUCCUGUUCUGUUUGCCAGCACUGAUUUACGUACAGCUUGUCGGUUCUGUUACAUCUCCGUUUUAUUGUAAGUUUGUAUGGCCCAUGGUGACUGUUUCGUUCUCUUCCAGUAUUUUGACCAUCACUUCCAUGGCCUGUUACCGUUGUAACGUUCUACUUCAUCCCUUUGAACUUCCGCCCAGCGGAAAACAGGUUCUUUUGUGGAUUUCGUCAAUAUGGCUCGUCUCCUUCGUGAUUGCCAUACCUCUGAUAAUCACUUCAAAAUUUCAAGAGGAUCUGAAGGGCAGCACAUGUUACGAGGACUGGCCUAGUUUAAAUUUUAAACGAGGUUACACCGUAGCGCUUUUCAUUUUGCAAUAUCUCUUGCCAUUACUGACCAUAGCCGUCGCCUACGUACGAAUUGGUAUCGAUUUGACACGAACCAAGGUUCGGCGUGCUUCGAUUACAAGAAGAGGAGAAGUUUCGGAUCAAGGAAGCAGAGAGGAAAAUGUAAAAAUCAUAAAAAUCUUAGCAACAAUUGUAGUUUUGUUUACAUUUUGUAUGUUACCGGUGCAUAUCGCUUGGAUUUUGUUGGAUUUUGGUGGAAACAGCGAGAAAGAAAUAGCCGAAAUAAUUUUCAAAUUUUCAGAUGUCUUAGCCAUUUUACAAAGUUGCCUAAACGCAGUGAUAUACGGCGCGCUCACCAAACAUUUACGAAGUGGAUUUGUAAAGUGCUUGUUACGGCCGCUAGCUAUUUGUUACGAUUUUCGAAAAGGUGGCGAGCAAGUCAGUUCGCAAAGAAGGCCGACAUACCAACCUUCUGGAGAGGAAUUAGAGACAUUUACUUUGGGUAGGAAAAGCACGUUCUCUCAAAAAUCGGUUGAUGUCUAG